CAAAAAAAUAUCGUUUUCGUGUUGGUAAACAAUCUAAUCAGUCCAAGUGACAGAGUAGCAAAUCGGAAGAAUAAGGGCGUGUAAAUCGUAUUUUUUAAUAUUUUGUCAAGAAAUUCUCUAAAGCUCAAAUCAAGCUACGCAAUGGCCAAGAACACUUCCAGCUCGGCGUUUCGUAAAAUCGAUGUCGAUCAGUACAAUGAGGACAAUUUCCGUGAGGAUGACGCAGACCAGGCCUCCAGUGGGAUGAUUGUCCCCGAUGAAAACGAAAUCACUACCCUGCUCAAUCAAGGUAGGAAUAUCGAUGCACUAAAAGUUGUUUUGCAGAACGCUCCUCUACUUUGUAAGAAUCAGCAAGUUAAGGAUAAUGCACUGAAUUUGACGCUCAAGGUGCUACUUUCAAUCAAAUCGUCUCAGAUAGAUGCCGCCAUCGAAUCCCUAGACGACCCGGAACUGUGCGAUGUUUUGAUGAAGUACAUCUACCGUGGAUUCGAAAUUCCAUCCGAAGGCUCCAGCGGUCACUUGCUGACUUGGCACGAGAAAGUAUUUGCCAAGGGUGGCGUUGGUAGCAUUGUUCGGGUGCUGUCGGACAGUGCCCGCGCUUAGGUGGUUUGUUUAGAACCCGAGGCAAAAAUUAGCAUUUUGUUUGUGCAAUGCGCAAUUGCUUGAGUUUAGGAAUAUACUUCUAAUUACGUUCGGUAAAUAAAAAAAAAUAUUUUGAUCCAAUAUAAUA